AAUAGGAAAAAAACUAUUUUAGAGUGAGCUUGAAUGCAUUUUACCCUUCAAGAAAUUAGAAGACCCCACGCAGGUAUUGUGGACGAUAACAGGAAAGCAAGCCAUCUAUCUCCACAGCCAUCGUUACCUCCCAUCUUUAAUCUGAGGUUUUAUUUGAAAUUUCAUACUACAGAAGUUCAAGGAAGAGGGGCCAAAGAUGCAAACAACUUCUCAACUUCAUCCAACAUAUUACUUUUCUAGUAGUGAUUGUAGAAGGAGCUCUAUCAGAUCCAAUGGCCGCAUGAAACUCAGAGGUUGGAAUUCAAGUCAACUUAGCUUCAAUGGAAGAGGUCAGAGUCUUAGAUUUCUAACACCAAUCCGCAAAACUAGAUUGUUUGUGAUUUCCAACGCAGAUGAUGGCCAUGCAUAUGCCCCUGUAAUAGAAGAAGACAUCAAUACGAACCAUGCACCCUCCUCAGAACCCGAAACAUUCUUUAGCAAAUGGUCUCCUCCAAAGUACUUAUGGAGAGGAUUAUCUGUUCUUGUCCUUGCUGGACAGGUUAUCAUUCGAACUCUAAAGGGUAAAGUCCACUGGAGGAAUACCCUCCAACAACUGGAGAGAGUUGGACCUAAAUCAGUUGGAGUUUGUCUUCUAACUUCAGCAUUUGUUGGCAUGGCCUUUACCAUUCAGUUUGUAAGAGAAUUUACCCGAUUGGGUUUGAACCGAUCAGUUGGUGGGGUAUUGGCCUUAGCGUUCUCAAGGGAGCUAAGUCCUGUGGUUACAUCAAUUGUGGUUGCCGGGCGUAUUGGCAGUGCAUUUGCCGCAGAAUUAGGAACGAUGCAGGUCUCCGAGCAAACAGACACGCUGAGAGUUCUUGGAUCAAACCCUGUUGAUUAUUUGGUGACACCCAGAGUCAUUGCUUCCUCUUUAGCUUUACCAUUUUUGACUCUAAUGUGUUUCACAGUAGGGAUGGCAUCAAGUGCGCUGCUGGCUGAUAGUGUUUAUGGGAUUAGCAUUAAUAUCAUCUUAGAUUCUGCGCAAAGGGCUCUUCGAUCAUGGGAUAUAAUUAGUGCAAUGAUUAAGUCUCAAGUGUUUGGUAUGAUCAUAUCUAUUGUGAGCUGUGCUUGGGGAGUUACCACCAUGGGAGGAGCCAAAGGUGUUGGCGAAUCAACAACAUCAGCUGUGGUUAUUUCUCUUGUUGGUAUUUUCAUGGCUGAUUUUGCACUCUCAUAUUGCUUCUUCCAAGGAGCCGGAGAUUCGUUGAAAAACUGUGUAUAACCAGGUUGGCCUCUUUGUCAGCAUCUAACUCUUUACACCUAUCUCAAUGUUGUUCAAUGGAUGGCUCCUAGAGGACAGAUAACAUAGAGGGGAACUAUAUAGGUUCUGUAUAAAGUCUUGCAAUCUUUGGCUAGUUUGUCCCUCCCUUUUCUGUUGUCAGUGACUCAACAUUACUCUAUGUUACUCGGAUUUGGGUGUAUAAGAUAUGAAUAUGCAUCCAAGAUGGUAUGUUGAAAUGUUUUAAAGCUUAUUUUUUAUGUA